AUGGAGAAAUCAAUGAGCCUCGAGGCCCAAGGCCUGGUCCCCCGUCGCUCAUCAAUCUCGCGACGUAGCCACAUUGCUCUCUUCGCGCUCACUGCGUUUCUCGCAGUCGUCUUCUUCUACCAGAGCCUUGUGCUUGAUCAUCUCGACAUCAGCCAUCGUCCUCUGGGCGCCAAAGGGCACCCCGACUUUGACAAGGUCCAGCAGUGCUCCAUUGACAACCUCAAGUCCGACACGUGGUUUCUCGACAAUGCCGUCCCCAUCAAGCCUGAGGAAUUCCUCGAGCGACGCGAUCGCCUCGCCAAGGCCCUGGACAAGAAUGGCGUGGAUGCCUUCAUCCUCGAGCCCGGCUACACCUUCCAGUACUACGGCAACAUCUCCCAGGUGGACUGGGAGCCAUGGGAGCCCGAGGAACGGCCCUUUUUGAUGCUCGUCAUGCCCCAAACCUCGGACGAGGGCGAGGUCACGGCUCAGACGGCUUUUCUGUCGCCUGCUUUCGAGGCGGGACGUGUCCGCAUGCUGGGCAUCCCCUCGCGCGAGGAGGAGCUCGACAUUGUUGCCUGGGAAGAGCACUGGAACCCGUACACCACCUUGCGCGAGUCGCAUCUCUUCAAGGACAUUGAGGAGCCUGUGCUCAUGGCGGACGAGGAGAUCCGGGAUUACAUCGUCCGCGGUCUGGGCAAAUUCGGCUUCACGACCGUCGGUCUGACACCAGAAGCCGAGCUCGUCCGCCAGACCAAGAGCCGCGCCGAGGUCGAGCUCCUGCGCGCCGUCAACACGGGCACCGUCCAGGCGGUCCGCGCCAUGCGUCCCUGCCUUGUCCCAGGGCUGACAGAGGAUGAGGUUACCACCAUCCUGGACAACUCCAUGCUGUCCAUCGGCUUCAGCCUCUUCUUCAACAUUGUCCUCUUUGAGGAGCACGGUGCCCUGCCCCACGGUGGCUUCGUCACUGGUGGCGCCCAGCUGACCUACGACACCAUGGUUGUCAUUGACGUCGGUGCGCACUACCUGGGCUACUCGUCCGAUAUCUGCCGCAGCUUCCUCAUUGACCCGCCAUGCGACCACUUCAAGACGAAGGAUCCCCUGGCCCAGGAAAAGGACGACGUGUGGCAUAUUGUGCUCGACGCCCAGGCGGCCGCCGCCGCUGCGUUCAAGCCCAAUGCGUCUGCAGCGUCCAUCGACAUUGCUGCCAGGUCGGUCAUCGAGGAUGCCGGCUACGGAUACGGGUUCACCCAUCGCCUGGGCCACGGCAUCGGCAUCAAGGCCCACGAGUCUCCCUACCUCAACAAGUGGAACAAGGACGUCCUCUUGCAGGCGGGCAUGACCUUUACCGACGAGCCGGGCAUCUACCUGGAGGGCAGAUUUGGCGUGAGGCACGAGGACAUCUACCUCGUGACGGAGGGUGGCGAGGCGGAGCUGCUCUCCGGUCCCCUCGCCCGGGGUCUGCGUGAGCCGUGA